AUGAAGUUUUUACUUGCUGUGAGUGUCAAUCAUCAGGAGCUGAAGGAGAAAAUCGUGGAUCACCUCGCAGAUAUUGGAGAUCAAUUCAAAAUCAUGGACGGAUACAUUCGGUUGUUUCCAGAGGCGGACAUGGUCGAGCAGGUUGCUGGCGUCUAUGAUAAUUUUAUAAAAUUCCUUCAGCUCUCCAUUGACUGGUGUAGGGAGAAUGUAUUUGGUGAGGUACCUUUACAAGAUCGUUUAAUAGUGCUGAUCUAUUCGACGCCAGUCAAAUUCUUCAAAAAUGUUGCCCUGCCUUAUCAAGCGCGCAUCAAGCCAACCAUUGAUGAGCUGAAUAAGUACUCAAAGAGGGUCAAAGACCGCGUGGACGUAAAUAAUACCUACCGGCUAGCUGUGAUGCAGAACGACAUAUCGGCACUCAUUACCAGCCUCGACGAUACAAAGAGACUGCAGAUCAGCUCACACACCACCAUCGCACAACUGCUUCGAGCAAUUGCACAAGAGCAGACUAAGAAAGAAGACGUAGGAAAGGUGCAAAGCUCUGGAGACAGCCAACCCAAGAGCCAAAAAAGACUCACAUAUUCCGCUCCUUUAUCUUUAGAUGAACCCAUGCAGGCCCUUCCAGACCAUCAACCUCCUCUCGAGCACCUCAAACAAUGCGCAGUGCAAAGCUUACAACUUGAGGUUGAUAAUUCUUACAACGCACUUGCUCUUCAGGACAAGCCGGAAGUCAAGUCAUGGUUGAAGAGUCGAGAAUCAACAUUGCUUUGGAUUGACGGAUUCGCCCAUGCCCGCGCAAGUAAAUGGACAACCGAGUUCUCAGUCGAUGUUAUGCUCAAAGCAAAAGAGCAAGGAAGUAUUGUGCUCUUCUACUUUGCCGAUAUAGCAGCAGAAACAUAUGGAGAUCCGAGUGCCACUUACUUCGCACUGACAAAGACCAUCAUCAAUUCCUUCGUCGCGCAGCUCUUACUGCAGUAUCCGUCCCUUGUUCAAGCGCAAAGAGACUGGUUGACAGCUCAGCGCUGGGCUCACGCACGAGACAGCACGAAGGGUGCAUGGGCGGUCUUGCAACAUCUGCUGCACUCGCUCGCAAACAAACGAGGCAUUCUAUAUAUUAUGCUUGACAGUAUCGAUGCCCUAGAUGCGGACAAUAGUAGGUCGAACAACCUCGCCGCCCUUUUACGACGAAUGUCCGCUCUGGUGACCCUUUCUCCUGCACGAGGAAGUGGUUUAUCAGGUUCACGACUUGCCUUGAAAAUCCUAAUUACCACUACCAGUGGCACAAAGCAUACAGUGCUCUUUCCAUCAACAGCAUCUUGCGGACCUCACUCUCACACUUUGAUCCGUGUUCCGCAGACUUUCGGCCAACACAAUAUCCCUCGAGUUCCUGCUCACCAGCACAAACCCCGCUUGAAGCGCCUUGUGCGUUUGCCAGAUUCUGACGAAGAAUUUGGAUUUAAAGCGGCGGAUAGCUUUGAAUUUUCCGAUGAAGAAGGCUCAGAAGACAUGGCCUUCAGUAGCGAUGAGGAGGUGAACAAUGAAUCGCCCAAACAUGACAGUCAUCUUGUACUGCGAACUCACCUCUCCUUGAGGACGAGCCGGAGUUGGAUUUCAGUGACGAAGAAGCUUCUGGCAGAGCAGAGGAUCAGGCGAAUGCUGAAGACAUCCAAUUUUCGUCAUCGGACGAUGAAAGAUAAGCCCGUCCUUUCGAUAGCCUCAUCAUGA